AUGAGAUAUACAGCAGCUGUGUUGGCAGGAGUUGCCGCCCUGGCGCAGGGCCAGCAAUCCACCACGAGCAGCGCCAAUGACAGCUUUGACUGGGAAAAGCUGCCGCCCUCCACGGUCCUCUCGUACCGGCCCUGCUACGACGGCUACGAGUGCGCGCGCCUGACGGUGCCCAUGGACUGGCAAAACGCCACCGCCGACCCGCGCCUCGUCGUGCUGGCCGUCAUCCGCCUGCCGGCCGUCGUGCCCGCCUCGGACCCGACCUUUGGCGGCACCGUCAUCACCAACCCGGGCGGGCCGGGGGGCUCCGGCGUCGACAGCGUGCGCGGCGGUCCGGGACGCCGGCUGCGCGACACGCUCGACAGGCCCGGCCGCCGGCACUACGAGAUCCUGUCGUUUGACCCGCGCGGCGUCGGCCGCAGCUGGCCGCGCGCCAACUGUCUGCCGCACAACGACCUGGCGCGCGACGCCUUUGCGUACGAGGAGCGCGGCGUCGGCAUCCUCGACGGGUCCGAGCCCUCGGCCGUCCCGCGCAUCCUCGGCAUGUACAGGAGCUUCAUGGCGACGUGCGACGCGGAGAGCGCGGCCGGCACCCCCGGCGCGGAGAUUAUGGGCUACAUGAGCACGCCGAGCGUCGCGCGCGACAUGGUCCAGAUUGUGGACAAGAUUGACGAGCAUCUCAGGGCGGAGGGGAUGGUGGGUGUGGAUGAUGAGGGAGACGAGAAUGAUGAGCGUCUCGAACUGCGAAAGAGGGCUCACGACAAGGAUGACGUCCCGCGUCUGCAGUACGUGGGCUAUUCGUACGGCACCAUCCUGGGUAACUACUUUGCCUCACUGUUUCCUGAACGUGUUGGUCGCCUCAUCCUUGAUGGUGUUGUCGAUGCCAAAGACUACUCCUCGGGCCCAGGCUGGAUCACUAGCACCAUUGAUGCCGACAACAUUACUUCUCAUUUCUACAGCGGCUGUCAUGCUGCCGGUGUCUCUGUCUGCCCUCUCGUGCAGGUCGGCGACAAGUCGGGCGCCGACAUCGAGGCUCGGGUCGAGGACUUCAUCGCCGCCCUCGCCGACGAGCCGCUCCCCAUCCGGACGCCCGGCGGCGGCUUUUCGGCGCUCACACCCGCCGACGUGCGCAUCGCCGCUGCCAUCAGCAGCUACAACCCCGGUGCAUCCUUCAAACCCUUGGCCGCGUCGCUGGCCGACCUCCUCCGCGGCAACGCGACCUCGUUCGUGCAGCUCCUCGACAAGAUUGGCGCGUUUCCGCACCUACGCGACGCGUGCGCCGCCGGCGGCGCCGACAGCAUCACGGUGCCCGUCAUGCAGCUCGCGGUCAACGAGGCCAGCAUCGCGACGCGCUGCGCCGACGGCGAGGACGUGACAAGCAAAGACCUGGACUGGUGGCGCGGCUUCGUCGCCGGCGAGGGCCAGACGUCGCGGACCUUUGGCAGCUUCUGGUCCAAGAUCCGCCUGCCCUGCGCGGGCUUCCGCUUCCCGCGCAACUGGCCCUUCACGGGCCCAUUUACGACGCCGCGCCACGAGAGGACCAAGCACGGGCGGCCAGUGCCGGGCAAGCCGGCCGCGCCGCUGCUGUUCCUGUCCAGCCGCCUCGACCCCGUCACGCCGCUGCGGUCGGCGCGCCGCAUGGCCGCCGAGCACCCGGGCGCCGCGGUCGUGGUGCAGGAGUCCAUGGGCCACUGCGCGCUGGGGUCCGCCAAGAGCGACUGCACCUGGGGCAUUGCGCGCGAGUACAUGGAGACGGGCAAGGUUCCGUCGCGCGAGACUGUGUGCCAGUCGGACUUUGAUCCGUGGAAAAAGGACGCCGAGCUGGAAGCGUCGAGCUUUGUGAUUGAUGCGCCGCGUUUCCCUUUCUGA